UGAAUAUUAUGACGUUUGAUAAUUUAAUUGACAUGGACAACGAUUCGCCGCUUUUGGAUCAAUACCAGAGCUACGACUAUCCUCCCAAAAAUGAAAAGAAUAUGUUAAGGAGUUUAUCGUUUUUAUCGGCCUGCUCACUAUGUUUUGUGAGUUUUCUAAACGCUUUAAAUGUUUUUUCGAUGCUGAAUCCUUCGCUUUAUCUGCUAAAUCUAGUUCAAGGCUUUUUCGGUCUUUUGAUAGUUGUUACUACUGGUGAUGGUUAUUCAUUUUUGGAGAAGUACAACAAUGUGGUUGAGGCUUACAUGGGAUUUCUUAGCGUUAAAAGGGGUCGGGGUGUUUUCUUUGUGCUUGUUGCUCUCUUAUCGUACACGCUUGUCAAUCUUUCUACUUUGUAUUACGUCGAACUCCUGGCCUUUGCCGUUUUAGCUGUUUUAACACUCGUUUAAUUUAUUUUAAUAGCAGA